CAUAACCUCAAAUAAUGACGGUUGCGCUAGUUUAUAAUUUGAACGUUUCAUUGUUUUUAAAUUACCAAUUAUAUUCAUAUUUCUAAAAUAAGAUAAGAAAAACUUCUAGUUCAAAAGUUAUAACGUCUUCAAAGAUGAAUAGAAAACUGGAUAAAUCAGCAAGUGGUAGUAAGGUUACUUUCCAAAAACACUUAAUCAGAAAUCCAAUGAAAAAGAAUUCUAAAGCUGUUGUCAUAAAGGAGAAAUUUCAAGUUGAACCGUUAAUUUUGAAUGAUGGAGAAUCAAGUGGUGAACCAUUAUCUUCACGAUCGACGACAAAGAAAACGUCGUUCAAUGUAUCAGACAUUGAUACAUCUAUGAAGAGUCUUUCUCUAAAUCCCAAAUCGAAACCGAAUUCCAAAACUAAUUUAUCUGAAAGAGAUUCCAAAUCAAGUAGCUCAUCUGAUAAAAGCACAAAACUAGACGUUCCUGGCAUCAAUUCUUCUUUGAAUUUGAGUAGGAAAAUUGAUACAUUGGGAAGAGUAAAAUCAGCACCAAUUAAAAGUUCUUCAGGAAAAAGAGCAUUUGAUGAAAAGGUUACCAGGCAAGUGAACUUUCCUUACGAAAAAAAAAUCUUUAGAGAUUUGAUGCCCCUAUCAUCUCCAAACAAACAAAUUCAUACCGUGAUUUCAUCUAGAGAUCCUUUACCUCCAAAGGAUAGGGAACCAGUUCUUGAAGACUUCAUUGAACAAAAGACGAUACAAGAGUAUUCUUAUAUACCGAAUUUCAAACUUGAAAAUAGAAAAAGUGGGACACACUGUAAUAAUUUACGGUUAUAUAAAGUACUUCAGUUUUUAGAAAACUGUUGAAGUGUAUUCUCCGAUCUCAUCUGAUGUUUACCUGUUUAAAGUAAUAUUUGUGUGAAAAAAUUAAUUUUUAUAAAUACUAUUAAGGAGAAAAAAUAUUUUUAUAUUGUUAUUCGUAGACUUAUUCAAAUUUUUAGAUAGUUAUAUUUUGACUGUGAUCAUUGAAUAUUGACAAAUUUUGAAAGAAACCUGUUCAUUAUUUGUAACAAUUACUGCGUUGUAUUUGUAUGAUGUGUAAUUAUCAUUAAAUUAA